AUUGACAAUUUAUUUUCUGAAGAGGAAUGCAAAUCCUAUAUUGAAUUGGCUGAAUCGCAAGGAUUUAAUGAUGCACCAGUCACAGUUGGUGCUAAUACUUUCAAAAUGAUGACAGAUUACAGAAAUAAUAAGAGAGUAAUUUUGGAUGAUCCUAACUUAGCUCAACAAAUCUACACGAAAGUGAAAGAUUUCGUUCCAGAAUUUGCAAGUGAACUGAAUGUCAAUUCAAGAAAGAUCAAUACAGAAUUCUUUCAAAAGUGUGGAGUGAACGAAAGAUUCAGAUUUUACAGAUAUACCUCAGAUGAGUAUUUUAAAGCUCACUUUGAUGGAAACUUUGCUAGAAACAACGUAGAGUGCACUCUUGAGAAUGGAAAGACCUACCUCUGUGAAGAAUCUUCCUUCAUAACCAUGCUCAUCUAUUUAAACACUUUAGAGAAGGGAGGUGAAACAAAUUUUGUGAAUCCAGGUGGAGAAGAAAGAAUUCUUCACUCUGUGAAUCCAAAAACAGGAAGAGUGCUAUUGUUUGUCCAUCGUUUGUUGCAUGAAGCUGAACCAGUUGGAGAACCUUGGCAAUUCAAAUAUGUGUUGAGAACAGAUAUCAUGUAU